GGCAGCCUGGCACAGCUCACCAAGUAAGGUGACACCUGUCUGACAUAAUGUUUGGAGAGUGACGAACAUUUGCAUGGGACACUCUGGUGCUUUUCUAAUUAAGAACGGACCAGAAAAUUGCUUUAAUGCUGAGAGAAGACACUAAUCUGCUGGUCUCUGCUGUGCCCUAGGCAAAGAACUGAGAUGACUGCAUGCUUUUCCUUAAUGCUUGUGUUUUGUUGCUGCUAAUCUUUCCCUCUCUGAAGCUGAUGCCUGUGGGACACAGCUGGGAAGACAGGAUCACCAGGUUUAGAGGAACAUAAAUGCCCACUAAAAUGGCACUGGCCAGUUCAAUUCCUAGCAAAGCAGCGCCACCACACUCCAGAAAAGUUUCUGCAGCAGGGGUGGAAGUGCACCAGAGCAAGAUGGAUUUUUUCUGCAAGCUGGGCUAUGGUAAGCAGGACAUCUGCAAAGUGCUGGAGAACCUGGGCCAAGAGGCCCUGGAGGAUGAUGUGCUGAAAGAGCUGAUUCGGAUGGGGAGCAAACCUCAGGCUCUGGAGAACCAGGCUCAGCCUUCCCAGCUAAAGCUGGUUGCCCGUGGAUCUUGUAGCAGCACACCGGGGCUGAAGAGGCUUGGAGAAGAUGAAAGUGAUUCUUCUGAUUCCUUGAGACCCAUUGUGAUCGACGGCAGCAAUGUUGCCAUGAGUCAUGGAAACAAGGAGGUGUUCUCCUGCUGGGGGAUCCAGCUGGCAGUGGAUUGGUUUAGAGAGAGGGGUCACACUUACAUCAAGGUUUUUGUCCCACUCUGGAGAAAGGAACCCCCUCGACAAGACAGCCCCAUUGCAGAUCAGCACAUUCUUGAGGAGCUGGAAAAGCAGUCUAUCCUGGUCUACACACCCUCUCGGAAGGUGAAGGGCAAGAGGGUGGUUUGCUACGACGAUCGCUACAUAGUGAAAGUCGCUUAUGAGAAAGACGGAGUCAUUGUUUCCAAUGACCACUACCGGGAUCUCCAAAAUGAAAACCCCGAGUGGAAAUGGUUUAUUGAGCAGCGACUACUCAUGUACUCUUUUGUCAGUAACAGGUUUAUGCCUCCCGAUGAUCCACUAGGCCGGCAUGGACCCACCUUAAGUAACUUCCUCAGCAAGAAGCCAGUGCUGCCUGAAAGGAAAUGGCAGCCUUGCCCUUAUGGUAAAAAAUGUACCUAUGGCAAUAAAUGCAAAUUUUACCAUCCAGAGAGACAACAUCAAGCUCAGCUUUCAGUCGCUGAUGAGCUCAGGGCCAAAACAAAGGUCCCGAUAGCCCAGGGGAAGGAGGAGGAGAGGCGUCAGCGCUCACCGUACGCAGCCAGAGGAGAGCCUGCACCCUGCGAUGCCUGCACAGAACCUCUGCGGGAAGCCAGAGGCUGCUCUGGGCCUUCCUGCUACCCAGGCAGGUCCCAGGGGAGCUGCUCUGAGCAGACAUUCCGUGCCUGGGCCGGCAGCCCUGCCUCUGACCUGGGGCUGGAGCAGCGCUUGCCACAGGCGGAGCCGCUCCUGGAGGAGAUGUCAGCGGUGUCCAUCGGUGACACCUACGGCUGCAGCUGGUCCUUGUGCCCCUCUCAGGACCGGGGGGUCACGGACAGCCCUCAGCCCUGCGCUGGCCUCAGGCACAAACUGUUCUCACUCCAUCACCCUCAGAGCCUGGAGCAGGCCGGCUCAGCCAGGCGCCCUUUCCAGCUCCGAGCGCUCCCAGCUGCGCCAGGCGGGAUGUGCGGGGAGCACGGCUGGGCUCAGGAGCGCCACGGGAGCCACUCCGUCCCUGGUGGUGCUCAGCACAAGCAGGGCCCGGAGAGCCAGCACGCUGCUCUGCUGCAGGCCACAGCUCUGUUCCCUGACAGCCUUCCCCUGUACGGUGAGCAGCAGGCACAGCAGCACCGCUGCACCCCCAGCCGGCCCCCGGGACAGCCCCUUCUGUCAGAUUCCAGCGAUGGAACGGGCUUAUUCCACAAGGCCCUUGCUUACCCCAGUGCCUCUUACAGGGACUACUGGCCCACCUCGGUUGCAAGGCUUCCCUCUGCCCUGCAACAAAACACACCCAGGGAGCUGUGCUCCCCUUAUCCCUACGGUGUGAUGAGCCAGGCCGUGGCUUUGUACCCCAGCAUCCAGGAUAAGGGGACUGGAGCACCUCCCCUAUGAAGAGAGGCUAGGGAGCUUGGGGCUGUUCAGCCUGGAGAAGGUUGCAUGGAGACCUCAUAGAAACCUUCCAGUAUCUGAAGGGAACCUACAAGGAAGCCAGAGCAGGACGCUUAAUCAGGAACUUUAGUGAUAGGACACAGGGGAAUGGCUUCAGACUGAGAGGGGGUAGCUUUAGGUUAGAUUUUAGGAUGAAAUUCUGAAUUUUCUGGGUGGUGAGACAUUGGAACAGGUUGCUCAGAGAAGUUGUGGA